AAAAACGUUGCACAAUGUUGCUUGAAAUAAAGGAUCUGAAUACUUCUUCCACCGCUGCAUUUGUGUGUGUAAAUAACAUGUGCAUUUCUUUAGGUCUAAACCUGGUGGCAUUCUUGGUGAUCGUCUUCUCUUACUCCAGCAUGUUCUACUCCAUCUAUAAAACUGGCAUUAAUGCAACAGACUUAAGGAGCAGACUGCACAGAGACGUGGCCGUGGCCAACAGGUUUUUCUUCAUUGUGUUUUCUGAUGCCCUCUGCUGGAUUCCCAUAUUUUUGGUGAAAAUCCUCUCAAUAUUGGAGGUAGAGAUACCUGGCACCAUCUCCAGCUGGGUAGUGAUCUUCAUCCUUCCCAUUAACAGCGCCUUGAACCCCAUCCUUUACACUUUGACCACCAGCUUCUUCAGAGAGCAGGUGGAACUCUUACUCUGCCGCUGGCAGAGAACACAUACCUUAAAAAAAGACCGCAAAAGCCUCACCUCGUCCUCAGUCUUCAUGGAGACUGCACGGGUUCCUUGCUACCAGCUACCAACCUACCUCCAGCGGUUGUCGCUGAACGGAGCAGAUCCUCGUUACGCCUGAGGGAUGCAGGAACUUUUACUGGCACUGUAGACUACGGGUUGUGGGGCCUAUUACUAGUUAUAUCUUUAUCAGUCUACACCUUCCCACCCCAGCCCAGACACACACAUAUUCAAACAGAGAGCACUUUGUGGUGUGGCACAAGGAGCCUGGAAUCAAACCUCUAACUGAUUAGUGGAUGACCCUCCGACCGUACAAUUGGAGCUACAGUCAACCCCAUAUUUGCAUGCUUAUCUGGCCACACAUUUGAUAUGUAAGACUACAGCAGUAAAGAGAAACGAAGCAGUAGGAGAGUCUCAAUGCCGCCCUGAAGACGAUCGCAAUGUGGACAAGCAAGCAAAGUGCUUUACCUUUGUGACCCUAUCGGACCCCUUCUCAUGUCAGAUCAUGGAGCUAGAGCAGGAGACGAGCAGCCAAAUAUCUCUCUUAUCUCACAGAAACGUUUUCUAUGGAAUGACUUAAGGAUGAAGCUCACUGAGUCACACGAUGAGUCUUGGACUGCAUAAAAAGUAGCAUUUGAACAUGGAACUUAUAACUCUGGCUUAAUACAAAUGAAAAUUCAAAUCACUCAUCAUACUCUGCUCCCAGAGUGUACUCCUAUCAAAGAGCACAGGCUGGGGGUUGUUCUUUUUUUCUCCUCCCCUAUCCCCAUGUUGUAAUGACGUGUUGUAUCCCUUUUCCUUUUUCCUAUGUAUAUUUAGCAUUUCGUUGCCUUGUAUUUAUACAUAUGUAAUGACAAUAAAUUGAAUCUCAUCUCAUACUUUAAAUUCUAGCUCACUUUUUCCAUCCUUUAUCUUACACUUAAGUCAAUUUUUGUGUCAUUUUAAUGACUCAAUUUUAAUUAAAAUGAACACAAGCGAAGGUACACAUUUAUCGUGCUGUAUUCUUCACCUCUUUAUAUUUCUACUCCCUGCCUCUGCUUUUGUCAUCUUCUCUUCCUGUUAAUUUCUCUCUGCUCUCUAAGUUGCUGGUUUACUGUCCUGAUUAGUUUUCCUAAUUAGUUUUCCUCCUGUAUUAACCCUUUUCAAGUGCCUCCUCCGACAAGUAAAUUCUAUUCCACAAACGUCAUCUAAUUCACGAUCUGACAAUCUGACAACAUUAAAUGCGAUUUUGCAUUUGAAUUAUGUCGAAAUGUAAAAAUGUAAAUUUUAAAGGCACUUAAAGAGAAAGCAGUCAAUGGGAGAAAGAUCUGAGCAACAAAGAGACUUAACCCGCCAACAGUGACUGAAUGUUGGACAUCAGCUAUGUGUAGCAGCUGUUUCCUCUUCCUCACUAACUAUAAGCUGAUGCCUAUUUUUGCCAUGUUUUGUUUAUGUUGUUCUGAUAUCAGACUGUAAUCUGAAUGUUUUCUGUUACUUGUUUGUUUGUUACAUAACAUUUUGUACUGUAUACUCCAGCUGCAUGUAUGGUAUGUGCAAAUUAUGAAUCUGAACAAAUAUGCUGCGGCAUCUUGAAUCACACUUUUGUUUAGACCCCCUUAUUGCGCAGUGUUUGGUUAAAGAACGCUGGUUAAAGAAGCUAAUGAGGAAUUUUGUUUCAUUGAUGUUUGUAUUUAUACUUUUUUUAUACUGAUAUAUAAUAUGCCUUUGUUUUUGCUGCCUUUGUACAGUUGCUUUAAUUCAAUGACAAUCAUCAACAACCAGAACAGUUAAAUAAAAAAGUGAGGAGUUAAACAGGCGAGGAGAAGAGAUGUCUAAUGAAUGUACAAAUAUCUGCAAAGCUCCACGUGUUUAUUUUUGUUGUAUAGUAUUUAGUGCGAGGCACCCUGUACGUCAUUGUGUUUGUUGGGGUCAGGUUGGUAAAAUGUGUUUAUUGGUUUUCAUACCAAGGUGUUCUCUGACUAAAA